UUUUUUAGUCGAUUGGUGUUGCCUGGUUACUACAGUGGUUCAAAUCGCCUCGUCCCCAGUUUUUCGCGUCAUACGUUAUAUAAUUUAAAUUAAACAAGAACACACAAUUCUAAAAACUACACAUCAUAUAUUAUCAAUAAUAAAAAAAAACGUGUGAAAAAAUUAAAUAAAAAAGACUGCAAAUCCCAUGAAUACAUUGUCGUAAAACGGCUGUUGUGGUGGAAACGGAAACGCAUACAUUGGCGGAAGUCAAGACAGCUGGAAGGAAGUAGAAUUAAGUGUAUACAAUGGAGGCGGUUUCAGUAAGCGAAUUAAUUAUUAAAUAUAGUCUAUUAUUUUAAUUUUUUUCAGAUAUAGAGGUCAAAUUAAAAAAAACAAAAAAAAAACAAGCAUUUACUUACGCUAAAGGUUAAGAGCAGCCUGAGUUUGUUACUGUAAGUUUAGUUGUAUUGCAGCACACACAAGUUUGGAGACCGAAACAGCUGCAUUUUACAUGCAAUUAAGUUUAAUGGAGGCUGUGUAAUUACUGUACAGCUAGAUUUGCCUAUCGAUGCACCACCCAGUAGCGUGUGUAUGCUGCUGCUUUAUUACACAUGGUUCAUAUUUAAAUAAUAAUAUUUAAAUGCACCCACAGCGACUUUACUGGAUGUGUAUACAAACAGACAUUACAUUUGUGUCGAUGUAGAACACAGCAUGUACGCGUCUGCUUCAUAUUCCUGGAUACUUGGGGAUAAUGUCAAUAGUGUUAGACGUGCAGUGAAACUAAAAAAAAAGAGAGAGAAAACGCGUAUUUUAAUGAAGAGUUCCAGGGUUUUCGUCUGAGACACGAGACUGAAGCUGUUCUGAAAAUGCCCAGAAGGAAGCAGUCAAACCCGCAGCCUGUGAAAUUGGAUUCAGAAGAUGGGUUGGGCGUGGAUAAUUCAGGGAACCUCGUCUUGGAGAGUGACUUCCUCCUGGGCCAGGACCUGGAGUUUGUAGACAGCGACGACAAGAUCAUAGGAUUCGAGAAGGAUUCUGAAGAUUCAGGUGCUGAGAUUGUUAUCCCGGUCUACUCUCUGAGUGAUGAUGACUGUUCCAGCUACAACCGGCUUAGCAUGGAGAGCGACGCUGAAGACCCCAGAGACACAGAGAGUGACCAGGAAGAGAAUUGCCACCACACAUUACAGCACUACCUCUCCUGCAAGCAGUGUGGACAGCUGCUGGACAACUCCAUUGGAGGCCUAGGCCUCUCCACUCCUUACUGCCUGAAGUGCGGCGAAGACAGUGCAGACGGAGUUGAACCCGAGGAGGCUCACGCUGCCAAGAAAAACAGCGGCUCCAACCGGAAGGUCUACUCCUGCAAGGUGUGCAACUUCUCCUCGCGCUACUCCAACCACCUGAAACGACACAUGAAGACGCACAACGGAGAGAAGCCUUUCACGUGCCCGCACUGUGCCUAUGCAUCAGCGCAGCUGGUCAACCUGCAGCGGCACGUGCGCACCCACACAGGGGAAAAACCCUUCAAGUGCGAGUACUGCACCUUCGCCUGCAACUCCCUGGGCAACCUCAAGAGGCAUGAGCGCAUGCACACACAGGACAAGCCGAACAAGUGCAACCUUUGCGAUUACCGAGCCAGCAACAGCCGCAUGCUCAAGCGACACAUGAUGGGACAUGAAGUGGAGGAGCCUCCCUUGGAGACUGAAGAUGCAGUUGUCUCAGACCUGACCCUCCAUGUAAACAGCAGCACUGACUUCCUCCAGAGCUAUGCAAGUUUAAAGCCAGAGAUGGAUCCCCACAGCCUUCUAGACCCUAGGGACGUAACAGAGGAAUCACAGACUCUCCCUGAGCUCCUGUUCCCCUUCACCUGCCGCCUUUGUGGCCUUGUGUUGGAUGAUGGCUUUAUGCAUGAAGACAAUUCGUCCAGUCAGAUCUGCAGCAAGUGUGGUCUUGAGGUGCUUUCCCAGGAGACCCCCAGCAGCCCAGAGAAAACAGACAAGGUCUUCUCCUGCGCAUUGUGCUCGUUCAUCACACAUUACCCCAACCACCUAGCCCGUCAUAUGAAGACGCACAGCGGAGAGAAGCCUUACAAAUGCCCGCAGUGUGACUACGCUUCUGCCCACUUUGAUAACCUGAAGCGGCACCAGCGGGUUCACACGGGUGAGAAACCCUACAAGUGCGAUCUUUGUGACUACGCCUGCGGCAACCUGGCCAACCUGAAGAGGCAUGAGCGUGUCCACUCUGGCGCCAAGCCCUUCAAGUGCAGCGUCUGCAACUACAGCUGCAACCAGAGCAUGAACCUGAAGCGCCACAUGCUGCGGCACACUGGGGAGAAACCCUUCAAAUGCCAGGAGUGCCCCUACACCACAGGCCACUGGGACAAUUACAAGCGCCACCAAAAGAAACACGGCCACUCCACCGAGGGCUGGACUAAACUACAGCAGGCAGAAACAGGGGACGAAUCGUAGUUGGUUUCCUAAAGGGG